UCUUACCUAACUCAUCUUUCUAACUGCAAUCGUAUCAUUUGGGUCAAAAAGUUGGUGGCAUUCUAUAGAGAGUUAGUGGAUAAUAUUAGCAAUGAUGACCUGAGAUCGUCCGGGUAGUCUCUAUUUGAAAACUUUAAAAUCAAGUAUUGGGAAGUCUUUUGUCUGGCAGUGCCACGGAUGGGAAAUAUUGUUCGGAAUAAACUCUACAGUCAUGGCCAUGUUUAGAGCUGUUGACAAGCGAACAUGUACGUGAUACACACAGGCCGACGAAAUUGACUAUUACGAACUCGUUCAGUGUUAGUGCAUUAUGUGGGUUUAUGUCGAAUAGUUGUUAUUAUAUGUGGGACGGAUCUAACUGUUGACCGAGUCUAAUAUCGAAUCACUGUUCAUUCGGCAAGGAAAUGUCGGUUGUCUUCCUCUGUCUGAUGGUUAUAGCAAAGGAAGUUGUAGGUUUGAUGUGGUUGAAAGGUCUGAAAAGAGCUUUUCCUCUCAGAACAAUCUCUCAUCAACUUCUUCAAGUACCUCUCAGAGAGGAGGAAGAGGAUAUAGAGGGAGGUGCUGUCCUAAUAAAUUUCAUGAAAGGUGGCUGCAAGAGAUGAAAUUGGCAUAGCUAAAUGGGUUGGCAUUGCCACGGUAGGCUAAUGGUAACAACUAUGAACAAGUAUUGUCCUCAGUUGUGACAGUCAGCCAGGCUGGAAGUUGUCUUAGUUAUCUGCCCUUCCGUCUCAGUUAUCUGCCCCUGUCGCUCCUCCAUGUUGGGACAGUUCAGUUACCACAUUUUGUGCAUUUUGAAAGCAAACAAUGACAAAUGGAUACAGACAUUCAAGACUUAAAAAUGAAAUUGUCUGGCGAAGACUUCAACAUGAAAGGAGGAAGGGGUAGCUUGGAAAUAGUCAGCCUCAUUUUUGUAUUUACAGCUAAUGUUCUCUACUGCUUAGCUGCCUUUACUCAUGCCUGGUUCCAGCUGCCACCCCACUCGUUUUAUGGCCUGUGGUGGGUGAAGUUCUGUGAUUGCCUUCGAUGUCAGAUUAUCCCAGCUUUUUAUGCAGAAGAACCAGCAUGGUACCAUGUAAUGCAAGGUCUCAGCCUCACUGGGUGGAUUAGUCUUGUGGUCUCCAUGAUGAUGCUUUUGUCCAAAAGAAUUGAUGUCUAUCUCCCAAUUAUUUUGCGAACUAAUCGCCAGGUGACUGUAUCUGCUCUGUGUCUCUUAUCUGUGUCUGCUAUCUCCACCAGUAUUAUAAUGUUUUACUCCAAACUAGAUGAAUCCAGUCCAAAAGAAACACCCCAGAUAUCUUGGUCAACUGGAUUAGCUGCACUUGCAUGUUUCUUGGAACUGUCUGCAGCUAUGCUCUUGUUGAUUAUUUCCUGAUGGUGCCACUACCAAGAUACAUCUUUCAAUAGAUGUAUCUAUCCAUUCCAAUGGUUGACUUCUUAAAGAGUUUAGCCUGGUGAUUGACAGACACACACACACACACACACACACACACACACACACACGCAGACACAUGCACAUACACAUACACACAUCGCACAUAUAUGUGCAUAAAUUGGAAAGAGUGCUCAGUGUAUUAUGUAAACAUUGUAUAUUUGUUGGUAAGGCAUACAAGUUAAUAAUUGCCUACCUUCAAACAAAAUUACACACACACACACACACAUAUACAUAUAUAUAUAUAUGUGUGUGUGUGUAUGUUUGUAUGUAUACACACACAGAUAUGCACAUAUAUAUAGUUUUUUAAUCGAAACUUAAGCUGAAGGUUUGUCUUGCGACUUGUUUUCCAGGCCUGUUUCACUACAAAAUGUAUUCAGCACUUCUUAUUUGCUGAACAUGUAUGUAUGUGUGUGUGUAUAUAUAUAUUAUAUGUAUGUAUGUAUGUGUAUAUGUUACUUAUAUAUGUGUGUGUGUGUGUAUGUAUGUUAUAAAGUAUGUUUUGACACUUUAAGUUAUGUCUGAUGGUUUAUUCAGCCAGAAUGGUUCAAUAAGCUGUCAGGUGAAACUUUGUGUGUGUGUGUAUAUGUAUAUAAAUA